UUUACACCAUUUUGUAAAAGGUAGAAUGUUAUUGUCAGUGAAACUUUUACCUAAAUUCAGUUUACUAUAGGAUUAUAGUAUUUUUUUACAAGACUUGAAAAAAAAAUACUUCAUUCAUUUUAAAAGAUAAACACUCAUAAAUUUUAAAUUGGCUUGUAAGUUGCCAGCAUUCCAAAAAAGGGAUAUCACAAAUCUCCAGCCAGUCAGUGCAAGCUGGGCGGAGCUUUCACUGAAACCUAAACACUGACAGGUGUAUAAGUACAGCUAAGGAAGGGCACAACUAAUACACCUGUUUCUAGACAGUAGCUAGCACAAGAUCAUUUGGCUCAGUUAGCUACCAGCUCUCAUAAUGAGUGCAUUUGAUCAACAGACACAGUCUCCACCUCGCUGUGGGCCACAGUUUCCAAAUAUUGGCCAGGAACCUCCAGAGAUGAAUAUCUACUGUGAAAGCAUCUUCCAUCCUCAGGCAAUGCCAAGUCCUCAACGACCUUCAAACUUUGAAACUGGUGACUAUAGCUCAACAGCUAAUCCCUUUCUGUGGCUCAAUGGACCCUCCAUAACACCACCUCCAUACCUUCCAGGAUCCAACUCCAGCCAUUUUAUGUCUCAGUCAUAUGGUAUGCAAAGACAGCUCAUACCUAACAUGCAUGGCUUGGGAGGCUCAGAAUUGGGUUGGCUUCCCAUUCCUUCUCAAGAAGAACUGAUGAAACUGGUAAGGCCACCCUAUUCUUACUCUGCUCUAAUAGCCAUGGCAAUUCAUGGGGCACCAGAUAAGAGACUGACACUGAGCCAGAUCUACCAAUAUGUAGCUGAUAACUUUCCCUUCUACAACAAAAGCAAAGCUGGAUGGCAGAAUUCAAUUCGACACAAUUUGUCACUUAAUGACUGCUUUAAAAAAGUUCCAAGGGAUGAAGAUGAUCCAGGUAAAUAUGCGUUCACUUAUUUUAAACUUUCUUUUAAAGAUUGUUGAUAUAAUAGCGUGGAGUGUUGCAACUUUUUAAAAUAUCUUUCAUCAAAAUCUAUGUUUAAACUGUGUUACAUGGUUCAAAAGUGCACAGGCAUUUAUGCCAGAAUAGGAAGUAUGAGAGACCAUUUAUCAUUUUAUUCUGAAGUUUGAUGCUUUGUAUAAUAUGAAGUGAACUUCAUAUUAAAGAUAUUUAACUUUUUUGUUCUGAACUAUGGAAACUCUUAAUGUUUAUAUUUAUCUUUAUUUCUUUAUUUUUCUAUAACUGUCAGUUUCUUAAUUAAAGGUGGCUAGUUUAAAAAAAAAUUUAAAGUGUUUGAGACUGUGUUUCAACCGGCCAGUUACACUGGACCUGUAAUUUAUUUAUUUAAUUAAAAAAAUGUUGCUGCAUGUUAAAUAUAGCAUUUUAGAUGUAUCAAGCUUAGUGUUUUAUUUAUUUUAUUUUAUUUAAUUAGGAAAGGGGAAUUAUUGGACACUGGAUCCAAACUGCGAGAAGAUGUUUGACAACGGAAACUUCCGCAGAAAGAGAAAAAGAAAGUCAGAUUUGAAUCCAAAUGGACAACUUUCUUCUGAAAAGAGUGAGGGCAAUCCACUGUCUGAUAGUGAAAAACAUGAAAAGCAGCAAGGUUUGUUGGAAAGCUCAUCAUCAGGAACAGAUGACUCAUCUGAAAAUAGAUCAUCUCCACCUUCCAUUACACCAUGUCUUAAUAACUUUCUCUCCAGCAUGACUGCUUAUGUUAACAGUGCUAAUUCCGUAGGUAGGUCUGUACCACUUGGACUUAAUAAUGAGACACCUGAUAGAAUGGGACAGAAUUUGGUUGGUUUAAAUUCAUACUCUCCCCUAUCAAAUCUACAAAGCCAUGGAAGUUCAGAAUGGUCAUCUGCAGUCUCAUCCAGUCCCUUUGGUUACAGCAAUUCUGUUCUUAAUCAAUUCAAUACCCAUUUCUACAACAGCAUCGGUACCAAUGGUCCUGUUUACAACAGGGAUGGCACAGAAGUAUAAAAUCUUUUUUUAAAAACAACAAAAACACUGUAAUUUUCUUAAUAGAACUAAAUGUUGAUUUUCAGAGAACAUGCCAUUCAUACUGCCUUCUGUUGUUCUCGUUACUAAAAAUGAGUAGAUGCAUGGACUUAGUUUGAUGUUUUUAAAACAUUUUGUUACAGAGACAUGUACAAUGCAAUGUAUUUUUUUUCUUCCACCUGUACAUAUAGGGCUACAUAUAUCUGUUUAGUAAUAGAUUUCGGCUCCGUUCAUGAAAAACUGUCUUAAGUUUUCCUAAAACCACAGGAUAGGCUUAACUUUGAUACAAAAGACUACAUGUGUGAUAUUUGUAACAUUGUUUUAUUAAUCAGCUACUAGUUUAUUUUUACAUAGCCUGUAAUAUGUUCAUAUACUGAAUUUCAAUUGUCUACAGCGCAAAAAUGUUACAUAUAUUAUCAUGAAGUAUAACAUAUAAAGCAUAUUCACAUUGUUAUAAAAAUUUGAAUGGUAACAUGGCUUGUUCUAUGAAUGUUGAAUAAUUAGGAAGAAUGCUUUUAUAUACAGACUACAUAGACUAUAAAAAUCUUUUGUUUUGCUAAAGAUUUGUAUUUAUAAAUGUUUACUGGGUAUGUAUGGUUUUUAAGAGCGUUACAUAUAUGGUGAAUGCAGACACAUCAUAACUUUGUAUAUAUUGUAUACGUAAAGCUGACUUCACUGUGCGGGUAAACUAUGGGUUAUUUUCUAAUAAACUGAAAGAAAGAAGUAAUUGUUAGUUUUCUGUCAUUGAAUUUCACUGCAAUACAAAAAUAAAAUAAUGCAAAUCAAUGGGCAGGAGGUGAACAUAACACUACAUACUAUGGCACUGGAGAAUGUAUAUGUGCUAAUGUGCUACUGUCUGAGGCAUUCCCAUUAAUGAGCAAAAAACACAAAAAACGUGCAAUACAUUACACAAUUCAUUACAAAACAUGCAAAAAAAAAGUGUAGACAGAUCAUUCUUAUUAAUUAAAAAGGUAUCUCUAGCAUGAUCAAAACUGCAUUCAAUAGUAUGCACAUAUAUUAAAAUAAGAGUAAUAAAAAUAAUGUGAUAAACUACAGGCACUGCAAUAUGUUAUGGUAUGUGUGUGCUAGUCUUUAUCAACAUAUUUGGCAUAGUAUUUUGGGCAUGUGUUUGUAUGAGUAAUAUUUUUUUUUUCAUUAUUCAAAAACUUGCUGUGUGUGAAAAGGAGAAAACUUUUGCGAUGUAGACACAGUAGCAACACAAUGCUAUGUGUGAAAAGGAGCAAACAUUUGCAACAUUAACACAAUCACAGCACAGUGUUUUCCAGCAGUUUGUAGGCCUGUUUGUUGUGUUUGUUGUGAAAAAAAAAUCAUUGGGUUUUUAUUAGCACAGAUUUGUACAAAAUGUCUCAAACAUGUAAUAUAUGCUCCUUGCAUGGCAUUGCAGAGCAUUAUUAAACAUUUUGUUUUUCACUUAA